AUGGUGAACGCUAAGAAGCAAACGUACGCCGAGAAGGUCAACUUCUUGCUCGACAACUACGACACCGCCCUCUUGGUCGGUGCCGAUAACGUCGGCUCCAGGCAAUUCAUGGACAUCCGCGCGUCCAUUCGCGGUGACUCUGUCGUGCUCAUGGGUAAGAACACCCUCAUGCGCAAGUGCAUCAGUAACUACGCAAAGAAAUCGGGCAACGACUCGUGGAACAUCCUCGCGGAAAAGCUCGUCGGCAACGUCGGUAUCAUCUUCACCAAGGGUGACCUCUUGGAAGUCCGUAAGAAGGUGAAGCAGUUCGUCGUCCCCGCGCCGGCGCGCGUCGGCGCCAUCGCGCCGGUCGAAGUCGUCGUCCCGGCUGGUCCGACGGGCAUGGAGCCGUCCCAAACGUCUUUCUUCCAAACGCUUAACAUCGCGACGAAGAUUAACAAGGGUUCCAUCGAAAUUCUUAACGACAUUGUCGUGCUCAAGGUCGGCGACCGCGUGUCUUCGUCCGCGGCGGCUCUCCUCUCCAAGAUGAAGUUCACGCCGUUCGAGUACGGUUUGGAAGUUGUUGAAGUCUACGACAAGGGUGCCAUGUACCCGUCCGCCGUUUUGGACAUCACGAACGAGACUCUCGAGAAGAAGUUCAUGUCUGGCGUCUCCCAGAUUGCUUCCCUCUCGUUGGCCUCCGGCUACCCGACGCUCGCGUCUGUGCCGCACUCCAUCGUCAACGCGUACAAGAACGUGCUCGCCGUUUCCAUCGGUACCGAGUACACGUUCGAGUUGGCUCAAAAGGUCAAGGACUACCUCGCGAACCCGGGUGCGUUCGCCGCCGCCGCUCCGGCCGGCGGUGCCGCCGCUGGCGGCGACAGCGGCGCCAAGGCUGCCGCCGCCGCCGUCGAGGAAGAAGAGGAGGAAGAAAUGGACUUCGACCUCUUCGAUUAA